AUGCUAAAACCAAUCAUUAUCGUUGGGUAUGGCCCGGUGGGCGCCAUUCUAUCGCUUUUGUUAGCACGAAAUCAGAUCCCAGUCAUUGUCAUUGAGGCCGCUACAAAGUAUCCCGAGGAGCCACGAGCAGUAGGACUUUUCGGCCCCUCGCAUUCUGUUCUCGAGGAUGCUGGUAUUUACGAGGAAGAAAAAAGGCAAGGCAUGCCUUCAGCGGGGUUGAGUUUUAGGAAACGUGCCGUCGAUGACGGCAAUGGAGGCCAAAGGAUGGGUGAUUGCAUCGCCUCGGCCAAAUUCGCCCCGGAGGUGAACGGAGAAACCCCCCCUGGAGGGCAUUUCAUUCUCAUUCCGCAGGCUAAGCUUGUGAGGAUCAUAGCUGAGGAGAUGAAGCAUGCCGACCUUCAGCAGUUCGCAACUGUUCAAAUGGGCCUGAAAUACCUUUCUUCCGAGGAGACAGAAGACGGGAUCAAAGUUAUUGCUGAGGAUACGGAAGGGAACACGCACGUCUUCGAAGGCAGCUACCUCGUCGGUGCCGAUGGCAGCCGUUCUGACGUGCGCAGGAAGCUUGGACUCAAGCUUCAUGGAACUAGCUGGCCGGAACGACUGAUUUCUGCGGACGUUUUACGAACUACGAACAAUGUUCCAGAAAUUCCUAGCUGCUUGGUUGUUGACCCCGAGUUGUGGGCAGCCAUUACUCCGUUGGAAAGGAUCUAUCCCGGUCAGCCCGGUCUUUGGAGGUAUUCGAUGGCCGUUUCCGACGAAAGUGUGCCCGAUCAGGAGCUCGAAAAAGCUGAGUUCGUGAUCUCAAUGCUGAAAAAGCACAUUGACGGUCCCUACAAUCAAGAGUUCAAGGUCAUUCGCAGCAAACCGUACAAAAUGCAUCAGCUUCUAUGCUCGUCAAUGAGAAAGGGAAGAACGUUCCUGGCUGGGGACGCAGCCCACGUCAACAAUCCAAUCGGUGGCCUUGGACUAAACACAGGAAUUUUGGAUGCAGAUGCGCUCGCUCAAACCUUGGUGCAAGUGCUCAAGCAGGGACGGCCGGAGUCUUUGUACGACAGGUAUUCGUACGAGCGAAGACGUGUUUUCCAGCUCUACGUCGACCCUAUAUCCAAAUCCAACAAGCAGCGACUUCAUGUCUCAAGUCCUGAUAUCGUAGCCAAUGAGGAUUGGUUUUUGGCUAGCAUUAUGAGCGACGAUCCGGAGGAGAAGUUUUCGCCUUACAAAUGGAUGGCAAACUGGAAGACUGAUAUGGCAGCUUUCAAGAUGUAA